AUGGCCCCCCCCCACCUCUCCCCUCCGUACGCCCCCUGCCGGCCGCGGGCCCGGGGGGCCGCGCCCAGCGCCCCCGGGCCCGGAGUGUCCCGGCCUCGCCGGGCCUGCGCCGCUCGGCCGCCGCCAGCGUCUCCCGGUCCCUCGAAGGCGCGUCAGCGCUCCCCCGCGUCCGGCCGGGAAGCCUCCCGAGCCCCCGCGUCUUGUCCCCGCGCUCCGGUGCGGGAGCCGCGCCAGGCGGGUGCUGAGGGGCCGCGCCGGUGCUGCUGGCGCUCGUCCGUCUGCCUGCUGCGGCCAGAGAAAAAGAAUGUCAGGGCAGAAGUUUAUCUCAAAAUUUCUACCUGUUCACAAGCAAUUAGAAGGAAGUGUUUCAGAGGAGAUGUGACAAGUUUCUGGUCCCCAGUUCUUCAUGUUUUCCCAGUAGCAUCCAGACACAGAGCUAGCCAUGGCAGCUGGCCCACAGCCACCAUGCUGCUGUCCGCCCGCCGGCCAACUUACAGCAAGGACUAAAACCCCGACAGGAGAUACAUGUGGAUCACUUUGACCUUGGCUUUAGAUUUCAUCCCAAAUUCUGACUGCUGCAGAUCAAGCUUGAACCUGUGAUCUCAUCUACUGCAUGUGUCUGCAAAGCAGGACUGACGACUUCCAAGGCUCUCUGAGGUGUAAUUGUGGAAGCACAAAAUGUUUGGGAAUGGAAGUGACCUCUGGACAUCAUCUAUACCUACCCCCCUGCUAAGUCAGAUUCACCUAGAACAGGUUGCACAGGAUCACAUCCAGGUGGGUUUGAAGUGUCUCCAGAGAAGGAGCUUCUGCAACCUCUGCCUUGUAAUCUUCUUGCUGGUCUAUGAUUGCAGGGCAGAUAAUGCCUACAAAGGUCAAUCAUUUGUUUAACAAGAGCUAAGAGAAAAGUGCAAUAAAGAAGGAAAGUAAUUUCUAAAUUUUAGCAUGUUUGCUAGAAUAUCACUCUAGAUGAGCUUGGUAAUGUGAAGCGGAAUGUGUUAUGGCAAUUGAUGGGGAAGAUUUUUUUGUUUGAUUUGUUAGUGCAGUAAAAGUUGCCCUAUAGUUAGAAAUAAUCAAAUAAGACACUUUUAUUCCUUCUUGUUUGGCUAUUGUUAUUCAGAGUUCUCUCUCUCCCUUGUCCUUACAUGUUCCAUUACCAUAGUUAUUACAGGAUCUUUGGUUGCUAAUGGAGUAAUGAAGAAAGAGGCAUCUAAACUUCAAUAUUUAUCACAUGUUGACUUCUUUAUUGCAUUAAUAGCAGGGCAGAAUUACCAGAUGUAUGUGUAAUUAAAGCUUUAAGGCUGCCAUUUUAUUUUAAACUUAUAAAGGUUGUAGUGGAAUGUAAGGAAAUUUUCAAAAGUUCAAGAUAACUCACAUUAAAGGCCAACUGUUUAAUUGAGUGUUGUGAGAAAGAAGUAUUGUGAGUAAGGAGAGUGAGGCUACUUUAUUUAACUGUUGGCUCUUCUCCUGUUAAAGUGUCCUCCAGAAAUAAUUUUAAAAUGCAAUUCUGUAUGUAUGAUUGACUAAAACAGUGGUAAAGCCAACCUAGAUAAUUGCUUGUUAUCUGCUCAGGUGUUUUCUCUUUUGCUAGCAAAUGAUUCACUUGAUGAAGAAACUUUAACCCUGAUGUGAAGCAGUAUGCCUGGCUAGUUGUGAUAUUAUGCUUAUACAGAUUCCUGAAAGCUAUGGCUGUCCCUAAUUAAUUCUGUGAUGGUAGCCUGGCUUAUUUUACUUAAGUUUUGCACUUCAUUAAUAAAUGUACUGUACAGGA